AUCACUUAGAUAUUAUUUUUUUUACAAGUCAUUAUUAAAUCCUAUUUAGGAAAUAAAAAAAGUUAAGUGAAAUGACUUUGUUUUAGUCAUAUUCAAUGCAAAUUUCACCUUAAAAACAAAAAGGCUCUAAAUUAUACGCCCGGAUAAAAGUACCAAGUGAUUCUCAUUGACGUGAAGAACGCGAGGGGGAGAUUUCUCUCUCAUUGGCAAUACCAUGGCUGCGCUCACAAGUUGUAGCUUUAGCAGCGCAACAAACCUGAGGCUCCGUUUGAAUCUCCAUACGAGUUACAUUCUGAAGCAAAGAAAUCCGCUGAGGACAAUAUACAAGAGGAAUUCAGGCAGAUUGAUAAUUAGGUCUUUCAGUGGCUCUGGCAGCACUAAUGGAGGCAGGAACGGCGGCGACGGGAAGCUGGAGAAGGACAACUCUUCCAAUUUGGCCACCGCCACGACCACCACCCCUACCCAUGACACCACGGAGGAUAGGCGCAGGCCGGGCGGUUCUGAAGAUUUUGAGGAAUCUCCAGCUUCUGUUUCGUCAAGACCGACACUGGUUGGGUCACCUUAUAAUAGUUUCCAAGUAGACUCUUUCAAAUUGAUGGAACUUCUUGGACCUGAGAAAAUUGAUCCUCCUGAUGUAAAGAUCAUUAAGGAGAAACUUUUUGGUUAUUCCACUUUUUGGGUGACAAGAGAGGAACCAUUUGGAGAUCUUGGGGAGGGCAUUCUUUUCAUUGGAAAUCUUAGGGGAAAGAGGGAGGAUGUUUUCUCCAAACUGCAGACUCGACUAUAUGAAAUUAUGGGUGAUAAGUACAAUUUGUUCAUGGUGGAGGAACCUAAUUCUGAAGGAGUAGAUCCACGCGGUGGGCCUAGAGUCAGCUUUGGAAUGCUGCGUAAAGAGGUUUCUGAACCUAGUCAAACAACUCUGUGGCAGUACGUAAUUGCUUUUAUAUUAUUUCUUCUUACAAUUGGAUCCUCUGUGGAGCUAGGAAUUGCAUCUCAGAUUAAUCGCCUUCCUCCUGAGGUAGUCAAGUACUUCACUGAUCCAAAUGCCAUUGAGCCACCGGAUAUGCAGCUUCUAUUACCUUUCAUCGAUUCUGCUUUGCCCCUCGCGUAUGGUGUCUUGGGAGUGCAGUUACUCCAUGAAGUUGGGCAUCUUCUGGUUGCCUUCCCGAGAAAAGUUAAACUGAGCAUUCCUUACUUUAUUCCAAACAUCACUCUCGGAAGCUUUGGAGCAAUCACUCAGUUCAAGUCAAUUCUUCCUGACCGAAAAGCAAAGGUUGACGUUUCUGUAGCUGGCCCACUGGCUGGAGCAGCAUUGUCGUCCGCCAUGUUUGCUUUUGGCCUACUACUUUCUUCAAACCCAGCUGCUUCGGGUGACUUGGUUCAGGUUCCUAGCACACUUUUCCAGGGCUCAUUGCUUCUUGGACUUAUCAGUAGAGCUACUCUUGGUUAUUCAGAAAUUCAUGCAACUGCAGUCUCAAUACAUCCUCUUGUGAUUGCUGGAUGGUGUGGCUUAACUACAUCAGCUCUCAAUAUGCUUCCUGUUGGAUGUCUUGAUGGUGGGAGAGCUGUGCAGGGUGCUUUUGGAAAAAAUGCAAUCAUCGCCUUUGGUCUGGCAACCUACACAAUGUUGGGACUUGGAGUGCUUGGCGGACCAUUGUCACUACCAUGGGGAUUAUACGUACUCAUUUGUCAGAGGACACCGGAGAAGCCUUGCCUGAAUGAUGUGACAGAGGUUGGAACAUGGAGAAAAACCCUUCUCUCAGUGGCUGUGUUUCUAGGAGUGUUGAUUCUGCUUCCGGUGUGGGAUGAGCUUGCCGAGCAGUUGGGCAUUGGUCUCAUAUCAAGCUUUUGAACGUAAGGGCGCGCCAAUGAUUAUUAUCAUUCCCAAUUUUGAUUCUUAAAACUAUGGCUCAAGUGAGUAAUGCAUCUUUCACCUUUCACAUUCACAUGAUAGUCAUAUACUCAUGUUUUUUUCUCAACAAAAUUUGUUGCAUGUAAUGUGUUUGGGGUGUGAAUGAAUAUAGCUAGCUAGGAUACUGAUAGGUUUCUAUUUGGUAAAACUUGGGAUUAUUAACUGCGAAUGGUCAAAAAUAUUUGACUGCAGUGGAUAAAUUCUUUGUAUACUACACAUUUCAAUACUUAACCCAAAGAUAGGUUGUACACUUGUACAUG